UGGGAAUUUUUUUUUUUUUUUUUUCAGUUGCAUAAAAACUACAUUUUCCAGAACGCCUCAGUGUGAUCACAAGCGGUUGUUGUCAAACACAGGAAAGCCAGAGGUGAGAGUCACAGGUCUCAUCAUGCAGCCGUUAGUCGACAUUCUGAAAUGGUUUGGAGUUGAGGCGAGUGGAUGGUCUGUGUCUGUGUGCCUUUUUCUGCUGUUCCUCAGCCUCCUUUACUGGUACUCCAUCUCCCCUUACUCUGUCUUGGAACGAUGUGGCAUCAAGCACCCAAAGCCCUCACCGUUUUUUGGGAACCUCAUGAUGUUUCGAGACGGUUUCUUUAAGGCACAAUCUGACCUAAUAAAGAAAUACGGACGGAUUUGUGGUUAUUAUAUAGGCCGGCAGCCUAUAGUGAUCAUAGCAGACCCAGAUAUGCUCAGACAGGUGAUGGUCAAGGAAUUCAAUAAGUUUCCCAACAGAAUGACUGUCAGGGGCAUAACUAAACCCAUGAGUGACAGUCUGGUCAUGCUGAAGGGCGAACAGUGGAAACGAGUGCGCAGCAUCCUCACACCGACCUUCAGUGCUGCCAAGAUGAAAGAGAUGGUUCCCCUCAUCAACACGGCCACAGAGACGUUACUGAGAAACCUGAAGAGCCAUGCUGAGUCCGGUAACAGCUUCAACAUCCACAAGUGUUUCGGCUGCUUCACGAUGGACGUAAUUGCCAGUGUGGCAUUUGGUACGCAGGUGGACUCUCAAAACAAUCCCGAUGACCCUUUUGUGCACCACGCCUCCAAGUUCUUCGCUUUCACUUUCUUCAAACCCCUCAUGCUUUUCUUCAUGGCGUUUCCAUGUCUGCUUCAGCCUCUCGCUGGUCUGCUUCCCAGUAAAUCAAGAGAUGAGAUGAACAGCUUCUUUAUUAAAUGUAUCCAGAAGAUGAUUAAACAGAGAGAUGAUCUUCCCCCAGAACAGCGGAGGCGAGACUUCCUGCAGCUGAUGCUGGAUGUCAGGGCCAGCAGCAAGUAUUUGUCUUUGGAGCACUUUGAUGUGGUCAAUGACACCGAUGAACAGGCUUGCACCGAACAGGGGAUGGACAACGGACAGGAAAACGCACCAGGAAACGAGUCCACCAAGCGUGCCCAGCAGAAGAGAAUGAUGACGGAGGAUGAGAUUGUCGGUCAGUCCUUCAUCUUCCUGUUGGCCGGUUAUGAGACAAGCAGUAACACACUAGCAUUCACAUGCUACCUGUUAGCACUCCAUCCAGAGUGCCAGAAAAAACUCCAAGAGGAAGUGGAUGAAUUCUUCAGCAGACAUGAGACUGCAGAUUACUCUAAUGUCCAAGAGCUGAAGUAUUUAGACAUGGUUAUAUGUGAGUCUCUCAGACUCUACCCACCAGCGUUCAGAGUGAAUCUUGGGUUUGGUGUAUUUCAUCACAGCGUUGCACGGGAUGUUGAUCAAGACACUGUGGUGAACGGCCAGCUUCUACCUAAAGGAUCAUCUCUGGAAAUAUCUACAGGUUACCUCCACUAUGACUCAGAGCACUGGACUGAACCUGAGAAAUUCAUCCCGGAGAGGUUCACUCCAGAAGCCAAGGCCAGCCGGCACCCGUUUGUGUAUCUGCCGUUUGGAGCGGGGCCACGCAGCUGUGUGGGCAUGAGAUUGGCCCAGUUGGAGAUUAAAAUGGCUCUGCUUCACAUAUUUAGGCGGUUUAACGUGAUGGCCUGCGAGGACACUGAGGUUCCUCUGGAGUUGAAGUCGCACACUACCCUCGGACCCAAGAAUGGUAUUUUGGUCAAAAUCACCAAGAGGGAGAAUUUUGAGGAUGAGUCCUGAUAGAUUUUAGGUGUCAGCUGGACAGUCUGAUUCUAAUCAAUUCUAAUCAAUUCUAAUCAAAUUAUUUAGAAAUCUAAACUCUUAUUCACCCUUAUUCAGCAACAUAGAGUAAUCAUCAUUACUAUAAGAAACCACCCAGAUGACUAUCAGCACAUAUGCACAUUUUGUUACUGAAGCCAAUGAAAUGUAAGACCUUUAAUGUAAUACAACCAAUUAUAUGGAAGAUAAUCAGAUGUAAAUGAUUUGAUAGAAGGAACUGGGAUUGGACACGUCUUACCUUAUUGCCAGCGAGAUAUUUGAACUUACGAUGAUUAUUUGACAAAUUUUAUAUUACAUUAAGUUGCAAUGAAGUUCUGAAUGAUGUGAUUUGUAAGGUUUGGGUGUACAGAUUGUGCUGCAAUGUGAUCGUUUACUCAGGACAUGAACUGUAUAAACUCUAAAUGAUUUGAAAUCAAAAGUAUUACUUAAUAAAUGGUUUAUCAGUCAGAA